AUGGAUAAUACGACAGACGGAUAUCUCGUAAAGAUCAGUGACUUUGGUUUGGCAAAGAUUCGGCAGGAAACAAGUCGACAGACGACUGGGAAUGAUCAGCAACAAGCAGUGAGAGGGACACUUCAAUGGAAAGCUCCAGAACUGCUUAAAUUGAAGAAACCAUCAACAGCCAGUGAUAUCUACAGCUUAGGUAUUGUCUUUUGGGAAUUAGCUACUAGAUGCAUUCCAUAUGAUGAACUAGACGAAACAGCGAUCGUUCAAUGUGUCAAAGUUGGAGAACGACUCGAAAUUCCUAUGGAUGUUCCGCAUAAUUUUGCGUCGAUUAUCUCAAAUUCAUGGAGUCAUGAAUCAAGCGAGCGACCAACUUCUCAAGAACUCAUUCAACAAAUUAUCUCUGCUUCAUCUAACACGAUCAAAACGACUUUAAUGUGAGUAGAUAAUGAAAAACAAUCUGACUUUAAGAAAAUUCCUCAGAAAAACGAAAUUCUAGACCAAACUGUGAGUACUAACAUUUCUCAUAUAGACGGUAUAGUAUUCAAACAUACUACAAGCAGGAGAGCAAGUGUAACGAGAAAUUGAUGUCUCUAAUGUUUUAAAUACUUCAAAAAAAUGUUGAUUUAAGUACAUUCACUCAAAUAUUUCUAAUAAUUAUAAGAAUAUAUAAAAAUAUCGAACAAUAUGUUUUGAAUUUAAAUAAAAAUAGUUCUAAUUUUAGACUAACGAUUAUUUUUCUAUUCGAGUCUAAUUAACUAAUACUAGAAUUAAAAUUACUAUUGGUACAUACGAAGGAAAUAAGUAAACAGAAAUAUGCCAGAUACAUCAUCACUUUUUUUAGUACAUAAAUAUCUUACGCACUUCAUUUUAUCACAAAGAAUUGAAAUUCAACUACGAAGGUAACCGUCAAAGUUUAUAGAAAUUGUAUAUCCAACACUUCAUACUUACAAAACGAAAUAAAAUAUUAAAAAGAGAGAAAUAUGCAAUAAACAAAAUAGUUCCCAAAGUUCAAUUUUUAUUAGUCUAUUUGAAAGCGUUCUAGAGAGCUCGUUCCUGUUUUCUCACUAAAAAAAGAAAACAAUGGCAAAGCUUCAACAUAAAUCAUGCGAAGAUUUUUUGUUUGAGUAAUUUUAGAUAAACAAAAAUUUCGAUAAUAAUCGUCAUUCAGGAGGCUUGUAGAAUAUCUGUUGUUUUUUCAAACAUAUUUCUUGCGUUACAAUUCAUUUAUUUUCUUUGAUAGAUCACUUUUGAAAGUACAUAGUUAUAGAGACUAGAAGUAUUUUUAUUAAUCUUCUUAAAGAAACUAUGAUAAAUCAUUUUGUGGAACUCACGUAUGUUUUCGAAGAAAAUAGUGAGUGUAAGUGUUCAGCUCGAGGUUCGCGGCUCCCCCCUCCCCCUCACCCCAUUACAGACA